AAUAGAAGGUGGGGCUGUCCAACUUCUAUGAUGCAUUAGUUCACAAGACGUGUUCACUAGGAGGAGCCAGUAAAACUUUAAAAAGACUCAGACAGUGGAGGAGACCUCACUUUCCUGCUGAAGGCUAGAGAACAGCACCACUAUCAGCACCGUCAGCAUACUCUUCUGAGAACACACCUUGACAAUGGGAUGCAGUGCCACUAAAUGCUGUGCCACUAAAUGCUGCUGCGGUGAAACAGUUGUUGAUAAAUCCUCCUGCGGUGAAACACUUGUGUUUGCUGAUAAAAACUAUGACUUCAGAAUUCCAGCUCUUCUUUACGUUAAAGAAUGGAACACAUUCCUGGCAUUUGCAGAGAAGCGCACCUCUACCAACGAUGCAGACGCAACGUAUCUGGUGAUGAGGAAAGGCACGUGGCAGCCUGACUGCUCACUGCAGUGGUUUCCUAGAGUGGACUUGAUGAAGGCAACAAUACUUGGCUACCGCACCAUGAACCCCUGUCCAGUCUUUGAAAGGAACUCAAAAACACUGUUUCUGUUCUUCAUCUGCAUCGAGGGUAACACUCUGGAAUGGAACCUCAGGCCAGGCCAGACUCGUUUAUGCUACGUCACCAGCACAGACUGCGGGGAGACCUGGAGCGAUUUAACAGACUUAACGAGUAGUGUCAUGGACAGCAGCUUUACCAAUUACCAAACCUUCGCUGUGGGACCGGGCCACGGGAUCCAGCUGAGCAGCGGCCAACUGCUCGUGCCUGCCUAUGUGAAGAAGGUAAAGUCUGGUGAGAGUGUGAAGACCCAUUCUUUGGUGCUGCGCAGAGAGGACCAGCACACCUGGAAGGCAGGCCAGCCCAUCACCUUGGAGUCCGGGGAGUGCCAGCUGGCUGAGGUGUCUGACGGGGAGGGUAGUACGCAGGUGUUUCUGAACGCUCGCAGCACCGGAGCACCGGAGCCACGGGUAGAGGCACUGAGUGACGACGGCGGGGCAAGUUUUACCCUGCUAAACCAGCUAACGCUAGAGGAGAGGCCUCACGGCUGCCAGGGGAGUGUGUUGGGGUUCCCUGCCAGUGACAUACCAGCAGGAGGAGGGGGAUCCUCAGAGACGGCUCUGCUCUUCAGCCACCCGACCGCAACGACCAAAGGGAAGGACUGGGACAGGCUGGACCUCGGGGUCUACCUGAGGAAGUCUCUCCAGGACGACAACCCCUGGGGUAAACCCCACAUCAUCCACGAGGGGGCCAGUGGCUACUCAGACCUCACCUGCUGUGAGGAGGAGGGUCACUUUGGUUGUCUGAUGGAGUGUGGCCAUGGGGAACGUCUUCAGAUUGUCUUCAAAGAGAUCAAUCAUUCAGAUGUAGACAGAGGGGAAGCUGUGUGAAGCCAUUGCUCUGUGACUGACUACAGACCCACCACAGACACAUAGAGGAACAUGCUUUUAAAUAAUAGUAAAUAAAAUAUAAAAUAUAUAUGUAACUAAAUAAUAAUGGUAAAUAGUGGGUUCAAUUGUUUUCACCACUUAAAUGUAUUCAUACAUUCAACAUGUGACAUAUAUUUCUGAAUUCUGAAACUAUUUUAAUUCCAUAGUUACAGUCGUUUGAUAAUGUUGAAUGAAAAGUGAAAAUGAAAUGUGAUGUGUUGUAGAUUAAUUCUGCUGUUUGAUUAUUUCUGAGAGGCUGAUGUUCUUUUCUGUGACUUUACCGUGAUGGCAUAUCCCAACUCUCAUGCUUCCAUUUCAUUAGAUCAGCUGUAAACAUAAUAAAUAGUUUAUUUGAUUUUUUAUUUGAAUUUAUUUUUGUUUAAAAGUAAUAAAUACUGUAAGUGUUUAUAUCCAGAGACUCCUCCCAGGGCUCUUUGUGUUUAUGUAAUUUGGUCUACUUCUCGUAAUUUAACUGACCAGAAAUAUGAAGAACCGCAGUGAGUUGAUACGAAUAUAUCUGAGUAAGUAAUAAAAAUGAUAAAGCCUUUGGAA